UCACAACUCAACAAAUCAUCUUCCUUAUAACAUUGACUCCUUUAAUCCAUUUCUCACAAGCUUAUAACUUCCUCUGCACCCCUUCUUCGUGUGGCGAUGUUAGCCACAUUAAACACCCUUUCCGCCUCAAGGGCGAUCCAUGGCACUGUGGCGAUCGCAAGCUUGAACUAGUAUGCGAGAACAACGUGACCUCCAUCUAUCUCAAUUCCCACCAAUACUAUGUCAAAGCAAUCAGCUCCAACAGAUCCACCAUAACCCUGGUUGAUGCUUCCCUCAACCACCAUGAUAACUGCUCUUUCCCCACCUCUUCAGCAUAUUCCUACAACUUCACAUAUCAUGGCCUUUAUUUUUUCCGAAUCAAGGAAACGUCUAGCUAUCCAGUUCAUUUUCUAAGCUGCCCAUAUCCCUUGAAGGAUACUUCCCCCUUUACAGACGUGACUACUCAUUGUGCCUCUAAUUCGACGUCCAUGUAUGCUUAUAUCAAGGUCGGACACAUGCGCGCCUCUGAGUUACCACAUUCGUGCACACUUGAUCUCAUAGUGAUGACUUCAUGGCCCGAAUUUAAGGAAUUCAACAACGUUUCGCUCUCUGAAAUCCACCAAUCUCUCUUGUAUGGAUUUGAACUUUACAUCACCCCGGACUGGGAAACACCCUUAUGGUUGGGUAAGAAUGAAAGAUUCAUUAUUACAGUAUGUGAUUAUAUUAAAUCCUAUAUAUCGAUCGACCCUAGCUAAUUCCUCUUAUUUGCUGAUGCUUUUCAUCCUCUCUCUCUCUCUAUGUCUGAAGUGGUUGUUAUGACUCUUGUGGCCGUUGUCUGUUAUGUGCAGCGGCAUGGCUCUUUCCAUUGCUGUUUUUGUUUGUAUUCACUCUUGUAUCACUAAUCUUAUAUCAUGAUCCCUUCCAAGAAACAAAGUUCGUCGCAUAUACAGAUAUAUUGAAUUUGUCUCUGCAGUGCCGCAACUAGUCACAGGCUACUUCUGUACAACAAAAUUCCUAAGUUUUCCUUUGGUUAUGGGGUUUUUGAUCUAUAAAUUUCGGAGAAGGCAUUUAUCCAUAUAUGAGGUUAUAGAAUGUUUCCUACGAAGCAAUAACGAACUCGCGCCAAUUAGAUACUCAUAUUCGGACAUUAAAAAGAUGACCAGAGGUUUUCGAGAAAAACUAGGUGAAGGAGGCUACGGUCAUGUUUACAAAGGAAAACUCCGUAGUGGAAAUGAUGUAGCUGUAAAAAUGCUCAAAAAAACAGGAGGAAAUGCGCAAGACUUCAUGAAUGAAAUUGCAACUAUUGGAAGGAUCCAUCAUAUCAAUGUGGUAAAACUUGUUGGAUAUUGUGCACAUGGCUCCAAACGUGCCCUUGUGUUUGAUUUCAUGUCAAAUGGUUCCUUGGACAAGUACUUAUUCAAUCAAGAGAAAAUGGAUUCCUUGGAUUGGGAUAGGAAGUUUGAUAUUGCAGUGGGAGUAGCUCGAGGGAUUGAAUAUUUGCACCGAGGCUGUGACAUCCAGAUUCUACAUUUUGACAUCAAACCUCACAAUAUGCUUCUCGAUGAUAACUUCAUACCAAAAGUAUCAGAUUUUGGGCUUGCGAAAUAUUUCUCCAAAGAAAAGAACAGUGUGACCUUGACCGCAGCCAGAGGUACCAUAGGCUAUGUUGCUCCAGAAUUGAUCAACAGAGGUAUUGGCACAAUCUCAUACAAAGCUGAUGUGUAUAGUUUUGGAAUGAUGCUAAUGGACAUAGUUGGCUUAAAGAGAGAUUUGGCUGGAAACAAUGAUAGUUCUAGCAAGUAUUUUCCAUAUUGGAUAUAUGAUCACAUCAACCAAGGCAAGGACUAUACUGAAAUUGGAUGUGUUGAUGAAAAUGAUGCCGCGAGGGAAGUUGGUCGAAAGAUGACAAUAGUUGCAUUGUGGUGCAUACAGAUGAAUCCAAAUGAUCGUCCUUCGAUGAAUGAAGUGUUAAAAAUGUUGGAAGGAGAUGUUGAGCGUUUGCUGAUUCCUGAAUUUCCAUCUCAGUCUACACAGAUAGUAGGAAAUGUGGAUCAAACCGGAACUACAUGUUCGUCAGAUUAUGUGUCAUUUCCACACCUUGAUGAUUCUUUUCCCAGUGUGGAGAUCAUCACUGUGCAAGAGUGAUCAAGUUUACAGAAGCAGUCUACAUUAGUAAUAUGUACAUAAGGAUUUGUUGUAUUAGUUGGGAAGACAGAAAACAAGCUGAUUAGUAAGUACUCCGUAGUACGUAACAAUUAGUGUUAUGAAUGUCUACACUCUACAAAGUCUUCAAUCUUCAUCUUUCCUUAUGAAGCAUGUUGUGCACUUUCUAUAUACUUCCCCCGUCCCUAUGUAG